AUGUUUGUGGUCAAAUCCCCAGAUCUCCGUCCACCAGAAAACGAGUCAAGUGAGCGCCUGCUCGCCGACGAAGAGGGGAUUUUGUGGACAGAAGACGAUGAUUCCGAUGUUUGGAUCUCAGCCACGACAAUUUUCCUUCAAAUAUCGGCUUUGGCUAUAGUUUUCGUGGUCGGGGCUCUCUUGGGGUUCUUCUGGAGAGCUGAUUUAGAUGGAUUAUGUGGGAGGCAUGUUUCUCAAUAUUCCCCCAUUGUGAACGAUAUGGAUGUAAAAUACAAUAUUGUAUCAUCCACUGGAUCGCUAUUAAGAGAAUCUAUAUUUCGACAAGAUGCAAGUCCGGAAGUCGAUGCAGCCUGGGACUCCCUAGGCGUUAAUUAUCGUGGUAUUCGCGUUCCGGCUGAAGAUGCAGAAGAGUCUGGCCUUGCAGUUGAUCAGGUUCGAAUUAAGGAUAAAUAUGGAGGGGGCUUUCCAGCAGAAGUAGAAGGCUUCCGCCGCUUACGUUGCUUGAACGUCCUUCGACAAUCGCUCUACUACAACUAUAGUUAUUAUCAUAGCAGAGGAGAGGGUGUAUUCGGUAACAACAGCUACAUCGUACGACGCCAAGUUUCAUACUGUCUCGAUAUUAUUCGGCAACAGCUCAUGUGCACUGUCGACACCGGCGUGGUCGGCCAGAUCUGGAUCUACCCGGAAAACCCAGAGCCCUAUGUAGAUUUCGAAACACAUCAAAAAUGCAAAAACUUCGAAGAUAUCCGUCAGUGGGUGGAAAAGAGUCAAUUACCUGAGAAGCCUCCUUGGGAUUUCUUGGUGCACCCUGGCCCAGGUGAUCGAAUCUACAAAGAGAUGCCGUGA